AACACGACCUGUGGAACGGCGCACGUGUUUACUUUUUUUCGGCAACGCAAUUUCUUUUCGCAUACAUUUUCCCGUGCUGUAGAUUGAAUUUGCAGCCAAAAUGGGCAGACAAAAUCGCUCCCGCAAGCGUCGCGAUGAAAUGAACAAAAUAAAGAAGGCGCGCUACGACGCCAAGGAGCUGAUUCGUCUGAAGAAGACGCUGGGCCUGCUGGAUGCCGAAGGCAAUGAGAUCAUGAAAGACAUUGCCGAUGUGGUGGACGUAAAGACAGCCAAAGAGAUCAAGCGGGAUGCCAAGACCAGGGAGCAGCAGGAGCUGAUCUACGAGCAUCAGGAGAGCCUGGAGAAGGGCCAGAAGGUGAAGGUGACCAACGACAAGACUGGCGUGGAGCAUGUGUUCAACAGCAAGACACUCAAGGACCAGUAUGGCAAUUAUCCGGCCUGGUUCAAGAAGAAGAAGACUGCCAAGCGUCUACGCAAGAAGCAACAUUCUCAGACAAAGAACUUCAAGCAGGCCUGGACCACGGUCAAUGUGCCGCUCUAAGGAGAAUGCCACUAGGGGGUAGGGAACGGUACCCAUAGUUAGAGUAAGUUCAGGUCUCGGAGUGUGGAUGGAAUUUGUAGCACUACAAAGCAGCCAACCAGCCAGCCAGUGGACUUGUUUAUGUUAUAGAUAAGAGUUUAUAUUGCAUAUUAAAGCCUUAAAACUA